AGGAAGGGGACUUUACUCUGAUGCACAUCCGGUGAUAUGGCCGUCUUUAAAACGUCUGCUGUAGUAUCAUCCGAGAUGUCGUGUUGUUUGCGAUUGACAGUAAAGAAGUAUUUUCAAUCUUAGUUGAUUUUCCAGUAUUUUGUAAAUGACUGUAAUAAUGCUUUACCAAACCAGUGCACACCGACAUCUUUUCUUAUAGUUUUCGGAAUUUUCACCAUGCACUGGAGAGGACAAGUUUUUAGUUGGAAAUACCCUUGCACAUGGAAGAUGCUGCAUCACUGUAGAUCCUUUCGAGACAAAUCAACUGUGGGCACGCUGUUGGUAGGCGUUCUGGUACUGCUAGCUCUACACUGGCUUAUAAGUCUGGAGAUGCAACAAGAUGAAGUGGCAAGGUUUGCCGCUCUGCGUAUCCCAGAUGACCCCAACUUUGUCCCAUUUAGAAUCAGUUCUAUUGAGGAUCUACCAACCAAAGGGGUACCUCGCAUACCACGAAGAAUUCAUCAGACUUGGCAAAGUGCCAUGGUGCCUACCACCCUUCAGCCCUGGAUUGAGUCAUGGAUAAAGAUGCACCCUGACUGGGAAUACUGGUUAUGGACAGAUGACAGUGCCAGAGAACUGCUAAAGCACAAGUAUCCCAGCUUGCUUCCAGUCUUUGAAAACUACUCAGAGAACAUCCGACGAGCAGACACCUUGCGCUAUGUAGUACUGCAUGAGUAUGGAGGUGUUUAUGCGGACAUGGAUAUGGAGAGCCUGAAACCCCUUGAUCCCUUGAUCAUUAAAUAUUCAUGCUUCCUGGGUCAAGAACCUUAUGAACACUCUAUCAUGGACACCAACUUUCAGGGUCUGGUGAUCAAUGCUUUGAUGGGCUGUAGAGCUGGUCAUCCUUUUUUCAAAAUGGUGAUCAACAUUUUGCCAGAUUUCUCACACAUGUGGAAUGUUCUAGACAGUACAGGACCACACUUCCUUACAUAUGCUUAUCGCACAUAUAGUAAAACCUAUCCAGAUUACUCACUUAACCACGAAAAUGGAGUUUACCUGGCACCUGCCGAAUACUUUUAUCCAACUAGCGACACUCAGAAAUUCACUAACAUGUUUCAAAUGUGCCAAAACUACUAUAAACUCACGCCAUUGCAACAACGUGGUUGCCAAAGCCUUAAGCGACUCAAGCCGCUAGCAGACCGGUUUUCUCUGGCUUUCACAGUGCAUCACUGGAUUCACACCUAUCUCACAAACAAGGUGUUUUUAAGAGGUUCAAUAGCUAUAAAAGAGAUUGUGCCUAAGGUUAUAAUUUAUGGUGAAACAUCAUGAUCAGUAUCUGCUAACACACCCCACCCCCUACCAACCCUAUAUUUCACACUACGGGCCAGAUCAAAUGAUGCCAACGGGCAUCACCGUUCAGCUUCGUGGCAUGCGGCUGGUAACUUCAAUGUGCACGUGAGGCUGCUUGUGACCUCAGCGGGUCUUGCUUUAUGCGAUUUGUUUCGUGAGAGUGCUUGGGAGUAGCUGGGCAGAGAUGAGUAGACUUGGGAUGCGUAGAAUCACGGACGUAUGUAUAUUAUUAGUUCGUGGUAGAAUACAUUCUUCAGACCACGUAACACAUGGUGAUCACGCCCUCGUGUGAGGGCCGAGACCAUGAGACUGCAAAAAUCAGUGACGUAGGGUCCGUGAGUGGGGAGGGAAUAGGGGGUGUUAGUCACCAUUUCAACAAACAAAAAAAUGCUGAGGAGGCAAGAAUGUGAACAUCGUUCUGUCAACAUAGAGUUUGUCCCCACUUCCCCCAAAGCUGAAUAUCUUCCGGCGCCACUGAAAAAUUAGUUGCUUCGAACAGCUGAGUGCUGGGUAUCUGUGAGAAAAGUAGAAAUCGGAGAUUUCUUGUUAAAAUCAUGCUUGGUUCAUUUCUGGAAAAGGAUUUUUUGCGCAUCGAUUACAAAUGAGUCAUCAGCUGCUUUUCAAGAAACGUCGAAUUCGGGAAAUUUCUAUAAAUCCUUGUGUAACAACAUGUGAAAAAAUUAAAACUAUUUUUGUCUUUUGUGCGUCUAUGUAGAAAUACAUUCACGGAGGGGCGUGUCUGUACUCGACACCAUGUAGACAGCACAGGGAACAGUGCUGGUGGGUGAACUGAAAAGAGAUGAUAUAAGUUGGGUGUAUUGCUAAAAUGCUAUUUUUAACCAAACAAAUAUAUAUAUAUAUAAACUUUU